CAGAUCGCCGUCAGACCAGAUGUGACGACAGAUCUUCACCACAUGAUAAUCGUAAUUCCGGAGUCGAACAGGAAGCUGCCAAACCGCUUUAACACAGAACUGUUUGAAGGGACUCCUCAGAAAAUGAACACUCGUGGUCUUCGCUCACAGCUAAAGGACAGUGUCCCAGUGGCAGGUCUUUGUCCGCAGGCAGGACCUUACGGUGUACAAGACACACUUCGUAGAGGGUUCUCCAGUGUCAAAAAUGAGCUUCUCCCAAGUCAUCCUCUGGAACUUUCUGAGAAAAAUUUCCAGCUUAACCAGGACAAAAUGAAUUUCACCACACUAAGGAACAUCCAAGGACUCCAUGCACCACUGAAAUUACAAAUGGAGUACAGAGCAGCCAGACAAAUUCAGCGUUUGCCCUUUCUGCCAAGCUCAAACCUGGCUCUAGACACACUCAGAGGCAGUGAUGAGACCAUUGGCUUUGAGGACAUUCUUAAUGAUCCUGCACAGUGUGAGCUUAUGGGAGAGCCUCAUAUUAUGACAGAGUAUAAACUCGGGCUGCUGUGAGUUUGUGAGCACACUGACUGGUUUCAACUUGUCCCUUUAGAUUAUGAUGAGCUUGCUUGUUCUGUUUCUAAUAAAAAUCGAAAUAUGUUUA